AUGGAUCAGGCGGAGCUGCGUCGGGUUUUUCAAAUGUUUGAUCGAAACGGGGAUGGAAAGAUUACAAGGAAGGAGCUUAGCGACUCAUUAAGGAACUUGGGAAUAUACAUUCCUGAUAAAGAACUCAUUGAAAUGAUCGAUAAGAUAGAUGUUAACAGGGAUGGAUACGUGGAUAUCGAUGAGUUUGGAGAAUUGUAUCGAUCCAUAAUGGACGACAAUGAUGAGGACGAGGACAUGAGGGAAGCUUUCAACGUGUUUGAUCGAAACGGGGACGGUUUCAUCACGGUGGAGGAGUUGAAGUCCGUGUUAGCUUCUCUUGGUUUGAACCAAGGAAGAACACUAGAAGACUGCAAGCGGAUGAUAAAGAAAGUUGAUGUCGAUGGGGAUGGUAGGGUUAACUACAGGGAGUUCAAACAGAUGAUGAAAGGUGGUGGAUUUGCAGCAUUGAGUUCAAAUUAA